UUUUCUGCCGCGAUUUCCAAGAGCAGCGAGCAGUAGUGUGUCGUUGACCAUUGCGGCGACCGCUCCGCCUCGCCACCGAGGUCCACGUUCAAAUCUAGUCCUCUUCUUCUUCAUUUUCUUUCCUCAUCGCGCCUUCCAUCUGCCUCCCCUUUCAACAGAUCCUUCCAAGUGAAAUUCGCCGAAAGUAUUCGCUCGAAGGGCUUUUCCUUCGCAGAUUAUAUCAGACCUGCCGUUCUAAGGCAGCCGGUCUUUCGAUUAAUACUCGACUUGAAUCCAACGCUUCUUUCCCACUCCUCUUUCUCUCUGUCGUUCGGCAACCUUUCCUUUUUUUUUUUUUCUUUUUCAUCGGGAAAACGACUCACGGUGCCAUCGGGUGACGUUCCUUCGAUUAGGAAAAUCGUAAUAGUGUCGCGCUGGUGAGAACGUGAGCAAAAAGGGGGAAAGAAGUUGAAGAGGCAACCAUGUACGCGAGGUUGUUACCAUUGAGAUCCAGUAAACUUGGAUGUUUUCCAAGGAGAUUGGCUUCGUCCUCUUCGGGGCCGAGGGUGCCCGAACAAGCAGGAAAUCGAGUAGACUUACACAGAGAGUUGCAGACGACAGAGGGACCUCGUAAGGCAACGAUGUUCAACGAGCGCAGCCAGCUGUCGUAUACAAGACGUUUAGUGGUGAAACUAGGCAGCGCUGUCAUCACGAGAGAAGACGAACAUGGAUUAGCACUGGGUCGUUUAGCAUCCAUAGUCGAACAAGUAGCCGAAUGCCAAAACGGAGGUCGUGAAUGUAUUAUGGUAACUAGCGGAGCGGUGGCAUUUGGUAAACAGAAGCUCGCCCAGGAACUCUUGAUGUCCUUAUCGAUGAGGGAAACGCUGAGUCCUGGAGGCCAUAUGAGAAAACGCUCAGGCACUCCUUUGGAACCUAGGGCAGCAGCCGCAGUGGGUCAGUCUGGCCUGAUGUCUCUAUAUGACGCUAUGUUCGCACAAUAUGGUGUAAAACUGGCCCAAGUAUUAGUCACCAAACCGGAUUUCUACAACGAGGAGACUCGUAAAAACUUGUUCAGCACCCUGACCGAAUUACUUAGUUUGAACAUCGUUCCCAUAAUCAAUACCAACGACGCUGUCUCGCCUCCGCUAAGCGUUGACGAGGAAAUAACUGGCAGAGGCAUUCCCAUCAAAGACAACGAUUCUUUGGCCGCUAUGCUCGCCGCUGAGAUCCAGGCGGACUUAUUGAUCUUAAUGAGCGACGUCGACGGCAUUUACAACUUGCCCCCGUGGCAGGACGGUGCUAAGAUGUUGCAUACAUUCAGUAUGGACCUUAGGGAUACCAUCAAAUUCGGACAGAAGUCGAAGGUCGGUACCGGUGGCAUGGACUCGAAAGUUAAUGCGGCGCUUUGGGCUUUGGAUCGAGGUGUCUCCGUAGUGAUCUGUAACGGAACUCAAGAAAAGGCUAUAAAGAAUAUUCUGUCCGGAAGAAAGAUCGGUACAUUCUUCACACAGACAACCGAAACUUCCACACCUGUAGAGGUUGUUGCCGAAGAUGCUCGAAUUGGGAGCCGAACUCUGCAAGCCCUUCAACCAGAAGAACGAGCAGCUUGUAUCAAUACGUUGGCUGAUCUUCUGGAAUCUCGUCAGAGGGAAAUUCUAAGCGCUAACAUGAAGGACCUCGAAGCUGCAGAAAAGAGUGGCUUGGCGAAAGCUCUGCUCUCUCGACUUUCCUUGACGCCUGCCAAAUUGAAGUCUCUGAGCUCUGGUUUGCGGCAGAUCGCCAACGACUCCUUAACGAACGUUGGUCGUGUACUCAGGAGAACAAAACUGGCUGAAAGUCUCGAACUGAAACAAAUCACUGUCCCUAUCGGCGUGUUGCUAGUGAUCUUCGAAUCAAGACCGGACAGUCUACCUCAGGUUGCGGCAUUGGCGAUGUCUAGCGCCAAUGGUCUUCUUCUGAAAGGAGGCAAAGAAGCAGCCAACAGCAAUCGGUAUUUAAUGGAGUUGGUAAAAGAGGCACUGAACACCGUAGGCGCUGCAAAUGCGAUAUCCCUUAUCUCGACCAGAGAAGACGUCGGUGACCUGCUGUCGAUGGGCAAGCACAUAGACUUGGUGAUUCCUCGAGGCAGCUCCGACCUCGUCCGUAAUAUCCAAGAGCAAUCGAAGCAUAUUCCUGUGUUAGGACACGCGGAGGGUAUUUGUCACGUGUAUGUGGACAAGGAUGCGGAUCUGAUCAAAGCUUUGAAGAUCGUCAGAGACUCGAAAUGUGAUUAUCCUGCCGCUUGUAACGCUAUGGAGACGCUGCUUAUUCACGAAAGUCACAUGAAGGGUAGCUUCUUCACGGAUGUGUGCAACAUGCUGCAAAAGGAAGGAGUAAAAGUAUAUUCCGGGCCGAACCUGAGGAAGCAACUGACGUUCGGGCCACCGGCCGCCAAAAGCAUGAAAACCGAGUACGGAGCCCUGGAAUGCGCGAUUGAGGUCGUGUCAGACGUCGACGACGCGAUAAAUCACAUCCACAAAUACGGCAGUGGACAUACGGAUACCAUCGUCACCGAGAAUAACCACAGUGCCGCGCACUUCCAGAGGGAAGUCGACAGCGCCUGUGUUUUCCACAAUGCCAGUACCCGAUUUUCCGAUGGAUACAGAUUCGGUCUUGGCGCCGAGGUGGGAAUUUCGACCGCUCGAAUUCAUGCACGUGGCCCGGUGGGGGUGGACGGGCUGUUGACUACGAAGUGGGUGUUGCAAGGUGACGGCCACGCAGCUGUUGAUUUCGCAGAGGGUGGCGACCGAGUUUGGCUACAUCAAUCUUUACCUAUCUACGAAUCUGCAUGAAUUAAAUCGGAACAAUCGGAAAAUAUCGGAAUCUUUGGUUCUGCAACACGGAUUUUACAUCAAGAGAAAUUUCCAGGGAAAGAUCAAAGGGUUGCCACUUUGGAUUUAUUCAUAAAACAAUCCAGAUUACGACCAAGCUUUUUCUCCUCCCUUCAAUCAUUCGUCGCUGAAUGUUCACAAAUAGUUAAAAAUUUAAUCAAGUGGCAACGCAAACAGUUCCGCAAAUUAUAAUCUCAUCUAUCUUCCACGAAAAUCUUUCUAUUCGAGAAAAACAUUAUUAGAUCGUUGUUAAUUUAAUAUAGUGUUAAUAAUACUACAACAUAAUUACAGCGCCGUCAAAUGAAUUGAAAUAAAUCAAAAUAUGUCAGUUUUUGUAAAAUAGUCACAAAAGUACUAUUAUGUGAAUUAUAUUAGUGAAUAUCUAGUUUGGUUUUAAAGUAAAUAGCAUUCGUAAGGAUUGUUGUCGUAAAUGAAAUUAUAGCAAUAUAUUAUUUUCCGUCGCGACAUAAUUUUGCUCUAUCUUUCCACGAGCCAAAGCAUGCUAAAUCAGAAAAUAAAUAAAAGCAAUGUAUCGUAUAUGAUUAAUUUAUAAUUGUACAAAUACAUCGUCGAUCAAUUUGUA